AUGUCGACCUUGAUGGAGGUCAAGUCCGAGGAGGACUGGAACAAGCAUGCGGCGUCUCUUCCCCCAACGACUCUCCAGAUCAUCUCCUUCCACGCCCCUUGGGCAGCCCCUUGCGCACACAUGCGAACAGUUCUCGAGACUCUUGCUUCCUCUUAUCCAGUCACCGAACCACUCUCCACAUCAUGGGUCUCGAUGAAUGCCGAAGAAGUUAUGGACAUCAGCGACUCCUUCGAUGUCACGGCGGUUCCUUACCUCGUUCUGACCCGCAACAACCAAGUUAUCGAGACUGUCAGUGGGAGCGACGCUACAAAAGUACGUGCAGCAAUCGAGAAGCAUGCGAAGGCGUCGGGAGGAAGUGCGACCAGCAACGGGGCUUCCGCCAGAUCUGUUAAUAGUGGCAGCGGAGCAAAGAACCUCAGCAAUUAUACACCAACAACCCAAGAACCAGCUACGGCACCAGAAUAUACGUCUGGCGAAGUCAAAGAGGACAAGGAGGCGUUGCACCAGCGCUUAUCAACAUUGGUCAAGGCUGCCUCUGUUAUGCUGUUCAUGAAGGGUACUCCAAGCGCUCCGCAAUGCGGAUUCUCGAGGCAAUUGGUUGCUUUACUUCGAGAAAACUCCGUAAAAUAUGGCUUCUUCAAUAUUCUCGCCGACGACGAUGUCAGACAAGGUUUGAAGGAGUUCGCCGAUUGGCCAACCUUCCCUCAACUUUGGGUGGAUGGUGAACUGGUUGGGGGUCUGGACAUCGUCAAAGAAGAAAUGUCCAACGACCCUGAGUUUCUGAAGGCACACAGCGUAACAAAGAACACUACCAGUCUAGUAGCCCCUGCCCAGCAAGCAGCUACUACUGUUUAG